UGCCGCCGCCGCCUCUGCCCCCGCCGCCGCCGCCUGCUGCCGCCGCCGCCGCCGCCGCGGAAGAGGAGCAUGUCUGCAACUCGAGCCAAGAAAGUGAAGAUGGCCACCAAAUCAUGCCCCGAGUGCGACCAACAGGUUCCUGUUGCAUGUAAAUCAUGUCCCUGUGGUUACAUAUUUAUUAGCAGAAAACUUUUAAAUGCCAAGCACUCAGAGAAAUUGCCACCUUCUACAGAAAACAAGCAUGAGGCCAAGAGGAGGCGAACAGAGAGAGUUAGGAAAGAGAAGAUAAAUUCAACAGUAAAUAAAGAUUUAGAAAACAGAAAGAGAUCUCGAAGUAACAGCCAUUCAGAUCAUAUCAGACGAGGAAGAGGAAGACCUAAAAGUGCAUCUGCCAAAAAACAUGAGGAAGAAAGAGAAAAACAGGAAAAGGAAAUUGACAUCUAUGCUAACCUCUCUGAUGAAAAGGCUUUCGUGUUUUCAGUCGCCUUGGCAGAAAUAAAUAGAAAAAUUAUCAAUCAAAGACUUAUUCUCUGAUAUUUGUCUACAAAAUUUGUUGAAAACAUUCUUCAGGAUUACAUCAGCAAAUUCUCAAACCAUUAUGGAGCAUUCUGGCAGCAUCAAUAAGGGCCACUGAUUUUUUUUUUCCUAUCAUUUAGUCUGUGCCACAGUUUGGGUACAAAGCUGUAGGUUUGUAUUAUUAUGGGAUUUCUUUUUUUACCAAGGAGUAUUGUCAAUUUUUGUGUUGGGAUAAGUAAGGGUAUUUUCAAAAACUAACAAUGCUGGAUGGAUGUUAAGAGGAUAAAAAAGGUGGGAGUAGAGGUGGAAGUAUGAGAACUAGAGAUGAAAAUGCUUAAUAGUUUUCAGAUUUGCCACCAGAGAUGCAAUAUUUUAAAUACUGUCAGAAAGAGUGACUUUUACAUAUGUAUAUUUCAGAUUUUCAGCACUAACAGAUUACAUACAAUUCAUUUACUUUCAAUAAAUUGGCAAUUGAUAAUUGAAGGGGGAAUUAAUAUAAACCGUAAAUUUGUCUUCAGCUGAUUUUUUUGAGGGGAAUUUUUAUGACUCAAGGUGGAGUUAUAUUUUAGGAGAUUCUUUCUAGACAGUUCAGAAGUUUGGGUGCUAUAUGAAGAAAAACAUUUAAAGAUAUACUUCAGAUUUAAACACCUUGUUUUCUUGAAUGUAAUUUAUUUAUUGGUUAAAAAAGCUUUUCUGCUUUUAAGAUGGUGCCUGUUAAGCUAAACUAUAUUUAUUACAUGCAAGUAUUUCUUAGCCAUGUUUAAGCAGUAAUAUUUUAUCUAAGUGGAUGUUCAUUUAAACAUCCUGUUACUUAACCUUACUCUGGAAGAAAAAUAAACCUUAAUAUUGAAAGUAAGUAGAUUAAAUAGUGUGAAAUAUAGCUUUUUGUCCUAGUGGUUUGUGAAAUAGUAUUUUAGUUCUUAAUUUUUUAUGUUAAUUCAUAAGCACUUACAGUUAAUUUAUUUUGUGCUAAAUAUUUUUGUAUUUUGACCUACCAAUUUAAUGAUUAACACAUUCAAAUUUGGCAUUAAUGCCACUUCUUUACAAUCCCUUCUCCUUCCAGCCUAUGGAAGUCUCACAUUCUUAUUAGGGGAGUUAUUCGUAAGACUUUGUCCCAAUUUAAUAGAAUCUCUUUUUAUGUAUAUAUGAUUAUUUUUAAGUGGCACACAAUACUUAUACAUACUUGUGGGCACAGUGAUUGUCAUAUCUGUCCCCUCAUUUAUAAUUUUUUGUGUGUUGUAAAUAUUCAGAAAUCUCUGCUAUCAUUAAUUAUUGCCAGUUAUAGUUCUCUUUCAGUUUCAACAGUAGCAUUGCCAGUUUUGUCUUUAAGCUUGCAUAGCCUUUUAUCUCCCCAAAGAAAACAGGCCUACAUUUUUUCUCCUUUAUUUAGGUUGGUAGCCAGCAGAGGGAGCUUAAGAAGUACACUAUUAAGAUUUUAGAUUUUCCUAAGAACCUGUUUCCUCAUAAUAACUACCAGAAGGUACUACUAAAUUUAUUGUGUGUGCAUUAAACUCCUAGUAAUAAUGUUU